AUGCCCUCAACCGCCCGCCCCCUCCUCGCCGCCGCGACUGCCGCUGGGCUCGUGUGGUGGUGGCUCCGGAGGCGAGCAGACAGAGCGCUCGAGGUCACGUCAAAGCCGGACUGGGUGAGCACCCUCAUUCACGGCGACGUCAGUCCCGGCUUCGAGGCGGUGCGAGACGAGUUUAUAGAGAACUUUCGCAGGCGAGGGGAGGUCGGGGCCGCGGUCUGCAUCUUUUAUCGCGGCAAGAAAGUGGUCGACCUCUGGGGCGGCUACCGCGAUCGCCGCUCGCAGGCGCCGUGGGAGAGAGACACGCUCGUCAACGUCUUCUCAACCACCAAGGGAAUCGCGAGCCUCGCCACCGCCCUGCAGCACUCGCGGGGCCUGCUCGAGCUGGACGCGCCCGUGAGCCGCUACUGGGAGGACUUUUCGGCCAAUGGCAAGGAGAAGGUCACCGUGCGCCAGCUCAUCUCCCACAUGGUCGGACUGGCGGCCAUCGACGAGCCAAUCACCGUUGAGAUGCUGGAGGACGUCGUCCGCACGUACCGGUGCAUUGCGCGGCAGCGGAUGGAGUGGGCCGAGCCGGGCGAGCACCACGGGUACAUGGCGCAGACCCUGGGCUGGUACGAGAGUGCGCUAGUGCACUACACGGACCCGUCCCGGCGCAGCAUCGGCAGAUUCAUCGCGGACGAGAUCUGCGCCCCCCUGGGCUGCGCCAACGAGCUCUACGUUGGCCUCCCCUCCACUGUCCCAGACGACCGCCUCGCGACGCUCGAGGUCUUCUCGCUAUUCCAGACAUUGCUCCACCUCGACUCGAUGCCUCGCAAGUUUGUGGAGCGGCUCCUCUUCCACCCGAAGUCGUACACGGCACGCUCCUUUUUGAAUCCAAAGGAGCUGGGCAACCUCGAGAACUACAACUCGCGGCGGAUGAGGGCGCUCGAGAUGCCCGCGGCGAACGGGCACGCAACAGCACGCGCUCUGGCGAGCUGCUACAGCGCGGUGGAGCGGGCGAUCAGCCGGAACGAGAUGGUGGCCCGUGGGUCCGUCGCGGGGUCGAGCAACGUGCUUGGCUUGCGAGCGGCAACGCUAGAGGCGUUGCAGGCGCCGGCGGUGAAGGCCACGAAGGGGGGGUGGCACGACGAGGUGCUGCAGACGGACACGGCGAUGUCCAUGGGCUACCUCAAGCCGAACGAUUUUUCGCCGUUCGGAUCGGACGAGCGCGCCUUUGGGACGCCCGGGGCGGGCGGCAACAACGCGUUUGUGGACCCGUCCUCCGGGUUGGCAUUCGCGUACGUCGAGAAUCGGAUGGGCUUCUUCAUUGUGGACGACCCGCGAGAGUACGCGCUCCGCGCGCGCAUGUACGAGUGCGUCGUCAAGCUGCGCGCCGCCGAGGGCCUUCCCGACACGAUCAGCGCGGCACCGAGCGGGUGGACGCGCUCGUGCCUCCAGCCGGGGAGCGUCACCGAGAAGUGGCUCGAGAGGCACCCGGGGAUGGGGCUUCAAGGGGGGUGA